GCAGGAGCUGCCGGCGGCGGCGGUGGGGCCCGUGGAGCCGGGAGCGGGGCCGUCGGGAGUAGACGGCGUGGGGCCGGGGCCGUAGGGUGCCCCGGCCCCACCAUGCAUGUGCUGGGUUGGCUACUACUGCUUGGGGCCGGGGCCGUGUGUGGGCAAGGGGCCCCCCGUGACACCUUGGCCUGCUCCCAGGGCCUCGCCUGCCGCCUCCUGGACUCUAACAUGCUCUGCGGGACGGAGCCAGCGAGACAUGGCCGUGGGCUAGCCCUGGGUCAGCUGCAGCUGGAGCCAGCGCUGCACUGCACUGGGCCCAUGGCCUGCUUGCCCUGCCUGGAAGCACGCCUGCGCCUGGCCCUGCCACCCGGCACCCGCACCGGCAAGCCCCAACGCCCCGCACCACUGGGCAUCCCUGAGGCGAAGGAUGUGAGGGAGACAGGGCAGCGGUCAUCAGUGGAUGGAGCCACCUCAUCCCAGCCCAAUAUCACUGGGCUGCUGCUGCUCUCCGGACACUCAUAUACCUCCUCCCGCUGCGUGGCUGUGGAGGUCCAGGUACCCCUGGCCCAUGCGGUGCUCAGCGCACCCCUGGGCUGGGUGACCUUCCGGUGCUUUGAGGCACCACUGGGCUCUGAGCUCCGUGUCACCGCGUACACCAACUCACGAGGCCAACAGAGGCUGAGCCAGCAGCAGCGGGUGCCAGACUGCUCGUGGCCUGCUGCACAAGCUGCUGUCCCCCAGUGCCAAGUGCCCAAGCUGCACAUCUCCCCGGGGCCCAAGGAGGUGGUUGUGGAAGUGCAGGGGGCCUCAGCAGGGCACAGCUACACCUUCCGGCUCUACCACAACCAGAGCCACGGCGCUGGUGGGCCAGGGCGUGCAGUGACUGUACAGAGUGGCCCCAUGAACUACAGCCUGCCAGCCGAAGAGAUUCUGCCCUGCCUCUGCAUGCAGGUCUGGCCAGAGACUCAGGACCCACCACGGGCCACCCUGUGCCCCUUCUCCCAUGAUGCUGAGGCCUGGGAGCGGCUGUGGGCGUGCAGCCACCUGGUCCUGCAUGCUGGGGGACCAGUGGUAACCUUCUCCCUGUUGGCACCCUGCGACCUCCCGGCUGAGCUGGUGCCCUGCUGGCAGCCGGCACCCACCGGGCACUGCCAAGCCUUGCCUGGCCUGAGGCAGCCCAUGGUGGGGCAGGGACCCCAGGAGUUUGGGGGGCUGCGGCCGCACCGCAACCUCUGCAUGCAGGUGUGGAGCGGCGGGCAGGUCCGGCUGACCCAGUGCCUGCGAGACCCCCCCAACACAUUCCCAGGAGCUCUGCCCGGCCACCCCAAUGAUGUCCUGCUGCUGGAGCACAGGGGAAAUGCCUCGCUGUGUGCCCUGGAUCAGGUUGCCUGCACACCCCUUGCCAGCUACGCCAGCACGAGAGCUGGGCACCCCGGGCUGCUGGAGUUGGAGCUGCGGCGAGAUGUGGCAGAGGGGCAGUGCAGGCAGAUCUGGCAGCCUGAGAACAGCACCGGCAUCACGCUCUGGGCCUGUCCCCUGCAUAAGUACCAGCGCACCCACUGGGCACUGGUGUGGAUGGGUGUGCUGCUGGGGGCCACCUGCCUCCUGCUCCUGCUCCUGCUGAAGAAGGAGGACUUGAAAGGCUGGCUGAAGUUCCUGAGGGCUGACUACAGCUCCAAGAGCCCGCUGCAAGGCCGGCGGGCGCUGCUGGUCCAUGCGGCAGAACCAGCAGCAGAGCGGGCAGCGUGUGCCAUGAUGUCAGCCCUGCGACGGCUGGGGCUGGUUGUAGUAGCGGCACCGGGAGGUGGCAGCGGGGUAGCAACAUGGGGACCACUGCCCUGGCUGCACGCCCAGCACCGUCGGGCACUACGUGAUGGUGACACCAUCAUACUCCUCCUCUCCCCGGCGGCUGUGGCUGCUGCACGCCGGUGGGACGCCAGCACAGCCCCAGCCCCGAUGAUGUCCCCACGGUAGCACCCUGCGACGUGUUUGCAGCAGCUCUGUCCUGCGCUGUGCCAGCGCUAGCAGCAGGCAACGGGCGCUAUGUGGUGGCCCGGCUUGAGGCACUGGUGCCAGCGGUGCCACCGUCUCUGCGGGCUGCCCCUGCUUUUGCGCUGCCCAGUGAGACGGGGGGGUUCCUGCGGGCGCUGGUGGAACCGGGACCGUUGCAAGUCCGGUCUCUGGAGCCAUAUGUGGUGGCCGUGGCUGAGGGGCUGCGUCGGGCAGUGGGGAAAUAAAGUGGUGUCAGUGCUUGUGCCAA